GCAUCUCUAUUGUAGCUGGUGCCGGCGAGUAUAGCAAUUUUAUAGGAGCAACAAUAGGAUCGGAUUAGCCGAAAUUCAGUGACAAGAUGACCACGUUGCGACCGUUCACCUGCGACGACCUCUUCAAGUUUAACAAUGUAAACUUUGACCCACUUACGGAGACCUACGGGCUGUCCUUCUACACCCAGUACCUGGCCAAGUGGCCGGAGUACUUUCAGCUUGCGGAGUCGCCCAGCGGACAAAUAAUGGGUUACAUCAUGGGCAAGGUGGAGGGACACCUGGACAACUGGCACGGACACGUGACUGCGCUUACCGUCUCGCCCGACUACCGGCGCCUGGGUCUGGCUGCGCUGCUCAUGAGUUUCCUGGAGGACAUUUCUGAGAAAAAGCGAGCAUACUUUGUGGAUCUGUUUGUGAGGAAGAGCAACCAGGUGGCGAUAAACAUGUACACGAACCUCGGCUACAUCAUAUACCGCACCAUACUUGAUUACUACUCCGGCGACCAGGACGAGGAUGCGUACGACAUGAGAAAGGCCUUGUCCAGGGACGUGAACAAGAAGUCGGUCAUACCGUACACGCAGCCUGUACGACUGGAACAUAUAGAUAUGAAUUGAUACGAUGUCAACCCAGUAGCGCCCGAACGCAUUUAUGACUAACUGAUCCCCCGAUACACCAUUUGAAACGGGCGCGAGCGCAUCACUUCGCAGCCCAUUAAAUUCCAGUUAACUUCUAGCAAUGUAAAUAACACGUAAUCCCAUGAUCUGCCCGGUGAUAACAUGCCAUUCGAUUCUGACCGGAUUCCCUCCCGCUUGCGAACCAAUCCCCCGGCAGUGCAUUUCCCCAACCGAAACUAAGCCUGUAAUUAAGUACAUGACCGCCCCGUUACCGAAUUCAGCUUAAAUUCUCGAUAAUUCUAUUGACUUUGAAAUUAUUUAAAGAUUUCGUAAGCCGAUGCGUAAAUAACCUCAAACUCAAAGAUUGUUCCACAGUUCUGAAGAUUACAAUGCGGGAGCUGCGCAGACAAAUGCGCCACGAUCACUAAGUGGAACGAUUCGCGACGGAUGUGGGCAUAGCCACAGGCAUCGCCAUCGCCACUUGCUUUAUCGACCGAUUCCCAUUUACCAAUGUGCUGCAUAGAAAACCCUUUUAACCCUUUUAAUAAAACGAAAAUAAAACCCCUGGCAUAUAAA